AUGACCCCAGCUCCCUUCAAGUUGAGAGCCAAAAACUCAAUGAGUUCAUCAGUUGGUGUGGUUUGUGACGGACAUUUUGGCCGGAAUUUUGUUGCAUCCCAAGGCUUUGACUUGCCAGAUUACUUUGAGUUAAUGACUGUGGAUGAUGUGCCAGUCUUCUACUAUGACAGUAAUACGAAAGGUGCAUCGCCUGCCCCUGAAUGGAUGAACAGCACAACAGCACAACAAUUCCGGGGGUUCAUCCCUUUAGAAGUAGAAAUCCGCAAGCUCAUAGUAGUGAACGGUCUGAAAUCAGCCACACAGCAGUUUAAUGUCACAGGUGCUUCCACAAACAUUUAUCAGGCCCACGGUCGAUGUGAACUCAACCCUGAUGGAACUGCACAAGCCUUUUUAGAUCAUGCAUUUAAUGGCAAGGACUUUGUAAGCCUUGAUUUUGAGACUAAAUCAUUUGUAGCCGCGGUGCCUCAAGCUGUCCUCUAUAAGACGCUGAGGGAGAGAGAUGAAACCUACCUUGAAUUUCUUGUCUAUUUCUAUCGUACACGCUGUGUUGAAGGAAUUAAGCAGUUCCUCCAACAAUCUCCCAUGAAGAAAGUUCCAGAGGUCAUGUUGGUUGAGAGGAAAAACUCUGCCUUCACAGAGAUCACAUGUCAUGUGACUGGGUUCUACCCACAAACAGUGCAGGUUCAGUGGUUUGGGUCAGACAUGCAGCCUGUGGUUGAGGGGAUUAUUGAAGGUGAAGUCUUACCAAAUGGAGAUGGUUCUUAUCAGAUAAGAAAGAGUGUUGUGAUACCAGCAGAACACACAGACAUACAUAACUACACCUGUGUGGUCCAGCAUAGCAGCAUACCUGGAAAUACCAGCAAAACUUGGGGUGAGAUCCUGCUGAAUCCAAUACUGAGUGAUUACUUUCAACUUUUAUUCCUGGGUUUGACAGCUUAA